AUGCCAAUUCCUGAAUUUUGCUGCCUUUUGCAAUGUGGGCUUGGACAUGGCGGUGUUUACAUGCAUUCUCCUCUGGACAAAGAGGCUUGGGUUCCUUCGUGCAGAGAACUACCCUGGCCCAUCGAGUUUGUCCUGCGUUUGCAUGCAAAGCAUGUGUUUCUACCCCGGAAGUCGCCAUCGCUGGCCAGAAUUUCUUUUGCAUUACAACAAUGGGAAUUCAAGAUACGCUGGAUGCAUUUUCACGCCAAGUUUGCCCAAAACAACGAACCGCGCAGUGUUCCACAAUGGUGGAAGCUGCGCGAUCACAGUUUGACCCCACCCAUUGCAGAUCCUUUGCCUGAUGCCUGGGAAUCAUUUCUACUAGAGGCAAAGAACGCUGCUUUGGGAGCCUGUGUCACUGCUAAGAGCUUUUUCCUGGACAAGAAGAAUCAAUCUUCAAACUUGAGCCAAGUUGCCCGACAUGGCUUGCGUAUGCUCAGGAAAGGACCUUUGGGCGCUGUGCCUACUGACAAAGAUGGUGGCUUUGCCGUGUGUGAUAAGACUGCUUUGCAGAACGCCAUCUUCGCAUCUUUACGCGAGCCACAGUAUGAAGAGGUAUACAUGCAUGAGGGCAUGGUGCAUGACAUGAUCCAGCAGUAUCGUUCUGUCUCACACGCAAUCGGUGCAACAACUGGUGACGAAGACUUGGCUUCUACUUUGGUUUCCUCUUUACGCAAAGGCUGCAAAGAGUGUGUUUGUUCUAUACGGACAACGGUGAAGACACACAAGCCCCGUGGUGAGGUGUCUUUGCGCAUGAUACAUGCUGCUCCUGUGCAUUUCAUGAACCCUGGUAUGCGUUGGGUUGGUUACCAUUUGAAGGCUUUCAUUAAGCAACAACAACACAUUCUUCGUCACUCGGACCAUUUGCUGGCACUUAUACGCGCAAUUCGAGUUCCGACAACGGCCCGGCUUAUCAAAUUCGAUAUAAAAGACUUUUUCAUGAGUGGCAAACACCGUGUGUUGGCUGAUCUUGCUGCACAGUGUUUUCCGGCUGAUUUGAAUGAGGAUGCCCGGUGCAUGAUUGACUGCAUUCUUGAGAACCAAUUGGUGAGCAUACCUGGCAGCAACAAUUUUUGGGCUGUCCGGGUUGGCACGGGCAUGGGCUUGCGGUGCUCAGGCGAGCUAUCUGAUGCUUGCUUUUACAAGCUGGCCGAACAACAGUUUGCUGCAUGCCCAGUGACGCAACAACGAUACGGUGUGCUUCUUUACUGCCGCUUCAAAGAUGAUGGUUUGAUUGUCAUCGACGGCUCUAACCAACAGCGGUUUGAGUUCUGCAGAAAUUUGAAGAAGAAGGCUGCAUUUUUCCAAAUAUCGUUUGAGAGUGUGUCGCAGACCGAGGUCGAAAUGUUGGAUGUUCGUUUGUUUAAAGGUCCUGGUUGGGCACGUACUGGUGUGCUUGACUACGCUUUGCAUCUCAAAGAGAGCAGGCAAUGGCGACCCCUUUUGCCCAGUUCCGCACACCCGAAGUCUGUUCACGUGUCUUGGCCACUCGCCCAGAUUCGUCGCAUUUUGAACAGAUUCAGUGACAAACACGCAGGCAGAAGAGCUGUCUGCGAUUUCCAGGGGAGGCUGUUCCAUAGUACAGGUCUCUCUUUUAAUUUGGCAGCCCACACCCACCAACCUCAAUCCUCCAGUAGGGCUGAUGUCAAGUGUGUGUUACCUCGUCUCAUUUUGCCGCACUGUGCAGAAUGGUCUGAGGCAAGGAUUACUGAAGCUAUUUCAAACGCGUUUAGGCGCACCAACUUGUUUUCUGAGUUGGGCCUUUCACGCGAGCGCCAGCCGGUGCAAAUUGCGUGGAAGUUGGGCGGCCGUCACCUCGUGCACGUGCUACGCUCUUUUAACUUGCUCUAA